AUGAUAGAAGAAGUUAGCCGAGACUCAACGAAGCGAGCGUUUUGCCACCAAGACGGCUUUGUUGAUGAGCCAAAGUGUUGUUUCACAGGGAAAGAUGAUUCCAGAUUGUUCUGUUGCCGAUGUGCCCACAAACGGCGUGCGUCACCUUUAACGUGUCUAGCCAUAUGCUUUCUUGUGCUCACAUACAAUCUUCUCGGAGGAUUCCUAUUCCUUGCAAUUGAAGGCGGAGCUACUACUGAAGACACGGCAGUUGCUGCUUCAAAACCGAAUCCAACUCAGCAAGGUGUAGGAGAACUAAGAUCCAAAACAGUUGAACGCCUUUGGUCUAUUACAGAAGAUUUGAACAUUUUGUAUAAAGAAAACUGGACCAAACUUGCUGCAAAGGAGUUGAUGGACUUUCAAAAAGUUCUGUUGCAUUCUAUGCGCAACGCAGGGGGCCCGAAUUAUGAACAUAGCACUGAUUACCGUUGGACGUUCUCCAGCAGCUUUUUGUAUGCCCUCACACUCAUUACAACUAUUGGACAUGGGAACGUCAUGCCAAAAUCGUCGAUUGGAAAGAUAGUAGCGGUGGUAUAUGCGUGCGUUGGAAUUCCAAUCAUAAUGCUGUAUCUGUCCACGAUUGGAGAAGCGCUCGCCAGAAAUUUCCGUAUACUCUAUUCCAAGAUUUGUCCGACAAGAUUAAAAAGUGGGAACUUUCACACUAAAGCGGAAUGUUUAAGUCGUUAUUCGCUUCAAGCGCUCGAGUGUGGUCAGUACGUGGAAUGUGAUAAAAGGGACAAGCUGUGUGAAAGGCAAAAAUCAACACCGUUUCAAGCCGCCCUCAACCUGGACAGUUUCAGUGGGGGCUAUCACUGGACUUGUCGUGAUCAUACGCGUGUGCCGAUAGUUCUCAGUCUCUUUGUGGUAGCGUUGUACAUAUUACUUGGGACUUUUUUAUUUCAUACUACAGAAAAGUGGAACUUAAUAGAUGGAUGCUACUUUUCAUUCUCAAGCCUCGCGACUAUAGGCUUUGGGGAUCUUAAGCCGGGACUGUACGCUGCCACUGUGUCGGCUAAAGCUGAAGACAUUGCGGUUGGUGUGUGUUGCGUGUACAUUUUAGUGGGUAUCGUUGUAGUGGCUAUGUGCUUCAAUCUCAUCCAAGAAGACACUAGUUCUGCGUUAAGGAGUGUGGCCGCGUUAUGUGCGGGGGGUUCGAAGUCCAGAGCCGUGCAUAGCAUCGAGUGCCGAGAUGAAAAGCUGUCGGCUACUGUCGCAGUGUCCUGA